UUCAGAUAAUCUGUCAAAAAUGACGACAUAAUUAGCACGAAAAUAUCACUUUUCAUCAAAACAAAGGGAACUGUCGUGAUUAUGAGUCGUAGCUAGUAAAUUAGAAGCAUAAUUCCGCCAUAACAAAGGUUCAAACAGUGUAAAACAUUUAAACGAAAUUGACAAAGCUAUGUUUUAAUUGCCUUAGAAUCUACUUAUGUGAUUGUGUACAUUUAUUAAAAAUAAAGUCGUAUAGCGACCAUGGCUGCUGCGUUAGCUAACGACUCGCCUAAAUACAGAAACAGUUUGAUAUGUUGCAGUCCAAGGACAAUCGAAGCUGACUCUAUAACGCCAUCAUCAUCUUCCACUUCUGGAUGCGUGUCAGCGGACGAGAGUUACGACUCUAGCUUACCAAGAGCGAUAGUGAAUAAAAAACUAAAAAUCCACGGCUCCGCGUCACGAGAGGAAGUAGAAAGAGCGAUAAUACAAUGUAAGGAAUUGGUUUUAUCGAGUGCGCAGUGUUCCGACGAACGAAAAUGGUUAGUGCGGUAUUUAGUCGAGUUAAGAUGGAGGCUGGAGGAUUUGAAGGAGAACAAUGGGGAGUCCAGACAACGUGUUUCGAUAAAGGGACAUCAUUUUAUAAAACAGACAACGAUAUCUAGCAGAAAACAGUAUUGUGAUCAUUGCAGUGGUGUUAUAUGGAGCAUAGUGCAAGCAUCGUACGUUUGUACUGACUGUGGUUAUCUGUGCCACUGUAAAUGCAUAGAUCAUGUGUGUAGAGUCUGUGCACAUGUUGUAAUGACCGAAAAAGGUGAGUUCGAAAUGAGUAUAUGCCCCGAAAAAGGACUCGCCGCUCAAGAUUAUAAAUGUGCUGAAUGUGAGACAACCCUAACAUUUAAGGAUUUGUGGAACGAACCUCGUCUCUGUGACUACACUGGCCUAUAUUUCUGUGGUACAUGCCAUUGGAAUGAUAUGUACGCGAUCCCAGCACGAGUCGUCCACAACUGGGACUGGGAGAAGCGUUAUAUAUCACGUAUUGCAUACCAGAUGCUAACAUUAUCAUGGACACGGCCUUAUAUUGAUGUGGAACAGAUAAAUUCUAAAUUGUUCAACUUUAUAACAGAGUUACAGUGGGUUCAUAAAAUGAGGACGGACUUGCAAUGGAUGCGGCGGUACCUAUGCGCUUGCACAGAAGGUACAACUCUAUUGUCUCCGUUAUUUGUUCAGCUCGGAGAUGUCAACAACAAGUAUAGCAUGGCACAUUUACAAGCUAUUAAUGAUGGAUCAUUAGAAUCUAAUUUGACAGAAUUAACGGAAAUCUGUCGAGCCCACAUAACGAAAUGUGAAUUGUGUUCUGGCAAAGGUUAUAUUUGUGAAAUCUGCAGUAACAAUGAAGUGAUAUAUCCAUUUGACAAUGGUGCAAUAAUGUGUGAAAAGUGCAACUCUGUCUACCACAGAAGUUGCUGGCUACGCAAGGGACAGAACUGUUUAAAAUGCAUCCGUUUGGAGGAACGUAAAAAAAGUAAAACUGACGAUGAUGAGAUAGAUUCAAAUGUAGAAUAUGACAUAGAUAAAUUUGUUGAUUAAUAAUUAUUUUUUUAUCUGUGUUUUAA